GUUAGUCCGGAUUCCGGAAAGGCGGGCUUGGAAGAGCCGGAAGGGAAUUUUGAUUUAUCCACCUCCGCCUACACCGACGUCAACACUCUUGGGCCGCCGAGCGAGCUGCCUGCUAAUAUUAUUACGCAGUAGAAUAUCGACUGCUUAAUUACAAUCCAGACGCUCCUUCUGACAAAAUCCCCUUUUCUCUACUCUUCUGCCGCCCGGAUUAUGAUGAUGAUGGAAGGAGUGGCCCUCAAAUUCCCGCCUCUCAAGCUCUUCAACCCUAAUUUCCCGACUUCUCCCGCAACCACCGUCACACCUUCUCUUGCCCGCUUCGCCCUCCGCAGCUUCUCGUCUUCGUCAUCAUCGUGUUCUGCUUCUCUUCCCAUUUCCGCCACCGCCGGGAAAGAAGCCGACUCGGCCCUCGGAACCCUCUCCCUCGGCCACCUGACCCGACCCGACUUCCCCAUCCUCCACCAGGAGGUGAACGGGUCGAAGCUUGUGUACCUGGACAAUGCUGCAACUUCUCAGAAGCCCCAUCAAGUGUUGAAGGCUUUGCAGAGUUACUAUGCUGGUUAUAAUUCUAACGUUCACCGAGGAAUUCAUUACCUAAGUGCCAAGGCAACGGAUCAAUAUGAAUUAGCAAGGAAGAAAGUAGCUGAUUUUAUAAAUGCAGAGGAGAGCCAAGAGAUAGUGUUCACCAGGAAUGCUACUGAAGCAAUCAAUCUAGUAGCAUACUCCUGGGGGAUAUCGAAUCUGAAACCCGGAGAUGAGGUCUUACUCACAGUGGCAGAACAUCACAGUGCUAUUGUUCCUUGGCAGCUUGUAGCUCAGAGGACUGGCGCAGUACUAAGGUUUGUAGAUUUGGAUGAAAAUGAGGUUCCUGAAGUGGAGAAGCUGAGGGAAUCAAUUUCUCGGAAAACAAAGUUGGUUGUUGUGCACCAUGUAUCAAAUGUGCUGGCUUCUUUUCUUCCUAUAAAACAUAUAGCACGAUGGGUUCAUGAUGUUGGAGGAAAGAUACUAGUUGAUGCUUGCCAAAGUGUUCCACAUAUUGUGGUCGAUGUGCAGGAGCUAGAUGCAGACUUUCUUGUUGCUUCUUCUCACAAGAUGUGUGGGCCUACAGGCAUUGGAUUCUUGUAUGCCAAAAGUGACAUCUUAUCAGCCAUGCCUCCAUUUUUAGGCGGUGGGGAGAUGAUAUCGGAUGUUUUCUUAGAUCAUUCCACAUAUGCAGAUCCUCCCUCAAGAUUUGAGGCUGGCACCCCAGCUAUUGGUGAAGCAAUUGGCUUGGGAGCAGCGAUUGAUUACUUGCAAGGGAUUGGGAUGCAGAAGAUUCACGACUAUGAGACAGAGUUGGCUAACUAUUUAUACGAAAGCCUGUCUACCAUCCCCAAUGUCCGAAUAUAUGGGCCGAGACCUUCAGAAAAGGUGAAACGUGCUGCCUUGUGUUCUUUCAAUGUUGAGGAUGUUCACCCCACAGAUCUAGCAACUCUACUUGAUCAACAGCAUGGAGUGGCUAUCAGAUCUGGUCAUCAUUGUGCUCAGCCUCUCCACCGGUAUUUAGGCGUGAAUGCAAGUGCUCGGGCCAGUCUUCAUUUCUACAAUACCAAAGAUGAUGUGGACGAUUUCAUCAACGCCCUAAGUGAAACAGUCAGCUUCUUGAACUCUUUCAAGUAGAGUGAGCAAAAUCCGCUUCAUUCGUUCCUUUCCCCCCAAGGCUGCCCUGCUCUCCACAUUGAUGUCAAGAAAACUGGAUACUGAAGGAUUCUCAGCUUGUAGUUAUUUGCUGUCAGGCUGCUACAUCUUGUGGUCUUUGUACAAUAGCCAUAGGACGGAUGUAUACAUUAUUAUACAGUGGAUUCCCUUGUUUGAUAGAAAUAAUGUUAAGAUAUGUAAGUGUCGAGAAUCAAACAUCGGCAAGUUAUGUGCAAUCGUAUUGAUUCAAUCGGAAUAAAAUAAAGGGAAGUUGGUUCAAUGACGAGAUUAAGUAUCGAUUAAGCUGGUGUAAAUUAAUCAUCAUAAAGGGAGUAUACAGUGCAAACUGCAAAGAACUUGGAAAAGUUGGUUCUCAGCCUAUACAAUGGAAAUUUUUUGCAAAAAAUAAUAAAUGUUGAGAGUGGGAUUUGAACCCACGCCCUUUCGGACCAGAACCUUAAUCUGGCGCCUUAGACCAACUCGGCCAUCUCAACCUUAUGUCAAAAUUUUGAAGCCAGGUAAUUUAUUAUAGAUAUUAUUUAAUUUGCGAUUUAAUACUAUGUGAUUUUAUUUUUCUUGGGAUAUAAUAUUAGGUUUUUUUUUAUCACAAUUGGGAUCUUAUAUUAUGUUUUAUGAUAAUUGUUGGGAGUUCAUCUAAUUGCUACAUAAUAGUAACGUUUUUUUACAUUAUUAAAGUUCUAAUAACUCAAAUUUUGAUUCUUCAUUUUACAUGGAUGUUUUUUUUUAUUCUUCAUUUUACAUGGAUGUUUCUUUGAUGUCAUCAUUUUUAUAUUCAUCUUCUCUAUUCUUGGAUUCUUCAAUGUCUUCACCAAUAUUUUUACAGUAGGAGAAAGUGAUCUACCAUGUAGACAAUAUGCUCUACCUUACUGGCCAUGUGGUCGACUCGAUUGACAGUAUGGUCUACGACAAACCUCCACAAAAAUUCAAGUAAAUUACUUGAAGUUUAUCACAAGUCAGCCUAGACAUGCCUUAAUAUUUGUAUCUUACAAAGAACAAAAUGUCGAGUUCGUCAAAAGAACAAACUAAGCUUGACACUCUGAAGGUUAUAGAUCACCCUUAUUCAACCAUCAAGCGGUCAAACUAACCCAAAAAAAUAAAAUGAACACUCGAUAUAUUUUAGGAUAUUGUUUUUAAGGAAGAUUAUCCACGGUAAACUUGCACUAAAAAUCACUAGGCCGCGAACAGUAUCAUUCGAUGAAAAACAAUUGAGAGCAUUAGUACAAAGUUAUUAUAUGGUUAUAGAGCUAUAUAACAUUUUGACCUAGUCUAAACUUAAUUGAGCCAAAAUAAUCAUGAUCUAAAAGU